AUGGUUCUGCUGGUGGCAAUAGCAGAAGUGCUGUUGGUCCUGGGUUUGGCUGUGGAGUCAGACUCUCUCUGCUCACCCACUACCUUUUACAAGAACUGCUGGAUCCGACGCUUCCCAGGUCUCCUGAUUGACCUGCAGGAAUCGCAGAAGAGGGGAGCCCAGGUGCUGAAGAUUUAUGCCGAAGUCUCACCUCAACAGUGCAGCAGAACCUGCUGCCUUCUGAGGAAUGUUUCCUGCAACCUAGCAGUGUUCUACCAUGGAGCUAUUCAUGAGAAUAUGAAUUGCCUGCACAUGUCUUGCCCAGCAUUGGAAAGCUGCAUACUAAAAGCUAGAAUCAAUGUCAUUUUGUACAACAUCACAACAGGGAUUGAUCCAGAUCUUCUUAUUUUUGAAAAACUGACAUCCAAAAAGCCAAAUACUCAGUCCUCACCAAGUAAAUACGAAAGGCAAAACAGCACAAAGACCACCGAGUGGGAAAGAUGCCAGUAUCAAAAUGCCACGUCAAGUUCUCUUCCGCUCCAAGCUCCAUCUUCUACCACUAGCCACGGCUUAACAGCAAACACUUACACCUCCAGCACAAGCCUGAUGGUCCAAAAAACUGAAGUUACUACUUAUUCCAGGUCAGAAACCUUUCCACUGGAUGAUCAUUUUGCUAAGUGGACAAGCACAACUUCAGUAAGCACUAGGUCAAUCACCAGCUCAGACAAAAAGACUGGACACUCAACUUCGAUAUCCAAAUCUCCCAAGGUGUUAUCCCACAUGCCUACUCCUCCUCGUCUGAACAGCAGUAAGCAACACUUAAAUGAAACCAAAGGCUACAGUGGUAGGAAUUAUACUUCGGAUAAUGAGGCACCUGCUUGGGAAGCUGCAGCUUUGGGUGUCUGGUUGAUCCCUGUUGUUCUUUGCUCUUCUCUCAUCUUCCUUUGCUGUUGUACUGUUGCUUUCACAGCAGGGAGUUGCAGAAAUAGGAGAGGUCAGUAUAAGCCCAUAAGGAGAAGAAGAACAAUGUCGAGACAUUUCAUAAAAUAUACUACUGUCAAAGGUAAUUUGUAA